CCAGCACUUCGCUCCCACCCUUGCCCUUAAAGGUGGGCAGGGGCGAAGCAUCCCUAGCCUUCAGAGCAUUAGCUCCCCUGCACCGGAGGGAGGGAGCUGCGCAUGCUUUUCAUGCGCCGACCGAAGGAUGCUUUAGCACCUCCGCAGGACGACAGCGUCGCGCUGCGCCUUCGUUGCACAGCUAAAGCAGGAGGGGUCUGCAGGUACUAUGCGACCCUAACCCACACCAGACGACUAGCGGACCGCUCAGCUGGCUGAGCUAAGGGGCUGCGCAGGAUCCUAGGACUAGGGACCGCAGGGUAAAGGUUUCUUGGAGCGGUGAAGGCGCUGGGCAGGGGAAGGAAGGAUCGUAAUCGUUGCGAGCCGCAGAUCUGAGGGUGGAUAGCCGGAGCAGUGAAUCAAUAAUUAAACGUACCUAAAAGCAUUAAGAGUUUCCAGCUUAUAGCAAAUUUAUUCAAUUAGCUUUUCAGCUAAAGGGGACGAAGUCUAUUAUGGUUGUACCUUAUAUAGCUUUGAUAGAGGGAAGUGAUGAAUAACUAUGACAGUCCUCCCUUGCCCUCCUCCUUCCUGC